CUCCAGGAGGGCUGGGAUGUCCGCGACCAGGCUUGGCACCCAGGGGGCACUCGAUCAAAAAGGGGCAAGGGGCCGAGGGACCCCAUCGGGAGCUCUUUUUACCGCCCCGCGCCCACCACCCCGGGCGCUUCCCCAGCGCGGCGGCCCGGCGGGUGGGGCUCGCCGUCAGCCAUUACCAGCCUCGCCCUCCGCGGGCGCCGUUAAUAAGAUUAGCAAUUAAAAGCCAAGAGCCGAGAGCGCCGCGGCCGGGGCAGCGGGGCCAGUGGAGUCGCGCCAUGGAGAAGGUGCGGCCGCAAUGGGGCCACCAGCGGCAGUUCGUGUUGGCUUGCAUCUCCUAUGCCGUGGGCCUGGGCAACGUGUGGCGCUUCCCCUACCUGUGCCAGCUGUACGGCGGAGGUAGCUUCCUGGUCCCCUACCUCAUCAUGCUCUUCGUGGAGGGAAUGCCACUCUUGUACAUGGAGCUGGCCGUGGGGCAGCGCAUGCGGCAGGGCAGCAUCGGUGCCUGGAGGACCAUCAGCCCCUACCUCAGCGGUGUCGGCAUCGCCAGCGUGGUGGUCUCCUUCUUCGGGACCAUCUACUACAACGUCAUCAACGCCUGGAGCUUCUGGUACCUCUUCCACUCCUUCCAGGACCCGCUGCCGUGGUCUGUCUGCCCGCUGAAUGGGAACCACACCGGCUACGAGGAGGAGUGUGAGAAGGCUUCCUCGACACAGUACUUCUGGUACAGGAAGACCCUCAACAUCUCCCCGUCCAUCCAGGAGACCGGGGGUUUGCAGUGGGAGCCGGCGCUGUGCCUCAUCCUGGCCUGGCUGAUGGUGUAUCUGUGCAUCCUUCGGGGCACCGAGUCGACGGGCAAGGUGGUGUAUUUCACGGCGUUGCUGCCCUACUGUGUGCUCAUCAUCUACCUGAUCAGGGGCCUCACGCUCCAUGGAGCCACCAACGGGCUGAUGUACAUGUUCACGCCCAAGAUCGAGCAGCUGGCCAACCCCAAGACUUGGGUCAACGCGGCCACCCAGAUCUUCUUCUCGCUGGGCCUGGGCUUCGGCAGCCUGAUCGCCUUCGCCAGUUACAACGAGCCCAGCAGCAACUGCCAGAAGCACGCCAUCACCGUGUCCCUCAUCAACAGCUCCACCUCCAUCUUCGCCAGCAUCGUCACCUUCUCCAUCUACGGCUUCAAGGCCACCUUCAACUACGAAAGCUGCUUAAACAAGGUGAUUCUGCUGCUGACCAACUCUUUCGACCUUGAAGAUGGCUCUGUGACAGCCAGCAACCUGGAGCAGGUGAAGGACUACCUCGCGUCCACCGAUCCCAGCAGAUACAGCGAGGUGUUCCCACUCAUUAAAAACUGCAGCUUGGAGUCAGAGCUGGACACGGCUGUCCAGGGCACUGGCCUGGCCUUCAUCGUCUACACUGAGGCCAUUAAAAACAUGGAGGUGUCCCAGCUGUGGUCUGUCCUCUACUUCUUCAUGCUGCUGGUCCUGGGCAUCGGGAGCAUGCUGGGAAACACGGCAGCCAUCCUCACCCCUCUGACUGACAGCAAGCUCAUUACCAGCCACCUGCCCAAGGAGGCCAUCUCAGGUCUUCUGUGCCUCAUCAGCUGUGCCGUCGGCUUGGUGUUCACCAUGGAGGCCGGAAACUACUGGUUUGACAUAUUCAAUGAAUAUGCGGCCACACUGUCCCUGCUGCUCAUCGUCCUGGUGGAGACGAUCGCCUUGUGUUACGUGUACGGGCUGAGGAGAUUUGAAAAUGAACUUCAGGCCAUGACUGGCAGAGCCCUCAACUGGUACUGGAAGGCCAUGUGGGCCUGUGUGAGCCCGCUGCUCAUCAUCGGUCUCUUACUCUUCUACCUGAGUGACUACAUCCUCACAGGGACCCUGCAGUACCAAGCCUGGGAUGCCACCCAGGGUCAGCUGGUGACCAAGGAUUACCCGGCAUAUGCUCUAGCUGUUAUUGGGCUGCUUGUGGCAUCCUCCACUAUGUGCAUCCCCCUGGUGGCCCUGGGGAUUUUCAUCAUGCAUCGCUAUAAGAGGGGAGACACAGCCCCCGUGGCCUGAGAACUGGACCUCCCAGAGACGCCCCGUGUCACAGCUGCUGAAACUGGUGGAAGCGCCUUAGCUGCUUUUAAAAUACUUCGGCCUCCAGGAUUCACCCCUAGCCUCCAGAGAUGACACAAAAUUCAGAAGCCACGGAGGAGGAAGAUUCCCUGGGAAGAAAGCAGACUGCUCACAAACCCAGCCUCCAUCCUUUGCGGGCCCUGAAGGCCACAGCAUGCUGCAUCCUUGUCACCAAGGUUAAGGCUAGGCUUGAAGAUAAUUGUUUCCUUGAUUCUACAAAGUCCUAGGAGUAAGGCACACUGUGAGCUGAAAUUUUACCAUAAUUCUUUGGGACCCAAAUAUAAGCAAUUUGGUUUUUUGCUGAGGAAACACCAAAAUAUUAGAGAACAAUACUUUUACUUCAGUUGGAGGAGUUUUGAAGUACCUAAGGUGCCACAUUUGAAUACUGUCGGUGUUUAAUUACGCUUUUGUUUUGUUUUACUCAGUGAACAUGUGACUUCUGUAUUCCCUGUCCACUUUUUACAUGUGAAGAAGACUGACUGGCCAUCGAGAGAGACCUUUACUGGGCCCCAAAGGGAAUUACCUGUCUCUCAUCUAAGGUCUCUCACAGUGGUCCAGGACUAGCCCUCUUUACAAAAACUGCCCCAAGUACUGUAUGCAACCUCCAAAUCCCUGAGGAAUAUGAACAGAUAUCCCAUCCAUGGUGUCUUAGUGCCUUAGAAAAGGUUCUAGAAAUUACUGUGAAGAUGAAGAGUAAAUUUAACUUUCCCAUAUAUUUAAAAUGAUAUUUGGGCAUAACAACUCUAUAAAGAAAACAAACAUCAAUUACAGUGUUUAUUUAUCUGUACAUAAGAACUUCUAAAAUGUACGUAAUUUAAACAGAGCAUUUUAUUAGUGAAGAUACACCAUAUGUAUGAUUAUAGCAUAAGCCCACUAUGUGAUUCUAUUUUACUGUAAUAAAGUAGGUUAACAUUACCCUGAAGUAGGAGGGUCCCCUUCCUGCCCAGCAUUCUGUGCUUCCUUGAGGUCCUGGAAUCAGGAGCAUUCCUUUGGGUAUAUUGAUACAGACAUCUUUGAAGACACUUAAACACCCACUUGGGACAUCAGCUGGAGAUAUCUCUUUUAAACUUAUUUUCAUGCUAUAAAUUUCCUUACAGCAAAAAUAAAUAUUAGGAAGGUCUUUUGCUAUCUUAGCCACCAGCUUAUCAAUACUUCCAGCUUCCCCGAUGUCUGUUUUUUUGUUCCUUUCAAAUGUCUGAACUGCAUUUAUUUACUCAAUACUCAGUCCUCUGGUUUCUCAUCUGAUGGUUUUCCACACUUGAAGAGUGGGCCCUCCCCAGGCCAAACACCCAGUCUGUUUCAUCCUUAAGGGCCUGUCCCCUCCUCUUGACCUCCAGAUGUGGUCACUGUCCUAGGACACAGUGCCACCCCCUCCUGCAGUCAGUCACAGGCAGUGGGAGCCUGUCAACUCUGAAGUCAGCCUCAGAGGUGAAAAGAGAAAGGUCGACGUAUGACUGCUUCACUCAGGCCUGCACUCUUCCAGUGCACCCCUGCCACCACCCAUCCCCAUCCACCACCCAUUCCCAUCUACUCCCAUUCCCAUCCACCUGGGAGCACUGCAAACUCCAGACGGCCACAUCCUACAGAAAAUUUUAAGAUUUUAAAAAUUCUCAGGUGAUUCCAAUGUGCAGCAAAAUCUGAAAGCCAGGCCCCAUUUAAGAUGGAAAGAAAAUGGUGGUAUAUUUAGUUACAUCAAUAAGGACUUCUAACAUCGGAAAGCAUUUCCAAUUAUGGGGAAAAGGCACUUCUGCGGAAUAACCGCUCAUGGAAAUCAGAGAGAGAACGCAACACAAGGCUCCUUGACUCAUGUGGUUAUAUCCCAAAAAAACCCUUGAGUUAAAACACCCAAAGUUAAAAACAUGAUUACCCCUCACUUACCAACCCUCAGCUCAGCAGCACAGCGCUCUGUGUUGUGUAGGAUGCUGACCUUGGUGACCCUGUGGCUGCAAGCUGCUCACAUGCCCCAAGUACCAUGUAGCAUCUCACUAGUGUGGUCAAACCUUAAGACACAGUUUCUACUGGAUGCAUGUGGCUUUCACAACGUCACAGAGCAAAAAUAUCCCAGGUCACACCAGCAUCAGUCAGACGAUGAUGUCUGUAUGUAAUCUGUUCCAGGCGAUAAUGUCUCUGGUUUGACUGAAAUUUUACUCUGGCUUCUGUGAACUUCACGAAGAGCAGGACACUUCUCAGUAAUCCUCUUGGGCCAGUAGUAAGUCUUGUUUUAGAAAAGUUUUUUUGCUGUUUGCUAGGUACUGCACAAAAAUGGUAGUCUAGGGACUUGUCCACCCACCCUCCAAUAGGAGGAAAGGGACAUUCCAUCCUUGUCACUUAACAGUGACCAUGGCAUCAUGGCCAGAUGGUGGACUCUGGAAACUUCCUAUUCAUGCUGGAAGUAGAACUACCUUGGACUUAGCUCCAAGAUAUCAGGUAGGGGAAAAAUUGUUUUUUAUCCACUGUCAUUGUCAAUAAAACGUUAAACAAGUA